CGCCGAAUCCGUUGCUAGUCUUCCGCAAUGUAAGACGCAAGUCAAACCGUGGCUUACUUCCCUACCAUCGUGCUCGCUUUUGACACUUGACUGCUACGAAUCCGGCCUGAACAGAACUGAGAGUGAGGUUGCUGUAAAAUGGAGUUCGUUCGAUCCGACAACCGUUUUUUACUUAGUGAUCCGCCAUUGUCCAAGUCUUGAGAUACCGUCACAGCUCGCUGAAUUUGCGCAAAUGAAAGUGUUAAAAAUCUACAACUCAACUAUCGUGAACUGGAAAGAAAACGCUGCCAUCUCUGAAGCGAACCACCCGAACCUCCUCAUGCUCUUUCUAGCACGUGUCAACAUGACGAAUGGGGAACUUCCGUUGGGCCUUCAUGCCUACCGUUUACCUGAAACGCUGAUAGACAUUGAGUUCUGUAUCUCAAACUUACGAUCUUUACCCGAAGACUUCGAUCUGAAGUGGCCAAAGCAUGCUAUUGUAUACUUCGAGGCCUGUAACUUCACCGAGGUUCCACCUCCAUUGGAGAGAUUGGCUCCGUUUGAUCUCUCGUUCGCAUUUAACCCGAUUUCAACUAUACCAGCCACGCUGAUUCAAGGAAACGCCGGUUAUCUUCACGUCGGCGGUACACUCAUUUCAGAACUCCCCGAGGCUAUCAACGAUGUAUCACCAACCUUUAAACUUCGCGUGGAUAACACGAACAUCUCCUUUUUCUGGAAUUGGGUCGAUCCCAUGGUUGCAAAUGCUGAUGGAGUGGGUAUGUCGCCCAUUGUAGCUUAUAAUUCUCCGUAUUGUGCAGAUUUACAGCGCAUUUUCGUCGGAAAGCAACAGAAUUUCUCCACGCCAAUACGCGAAAACCAGUCACUGUUCUUGUCUGAUGCAUCCGAGGGGAACUGGGAUUUACUGAAGAAAAGUGUAUCGUGCGACCAAUGGCCUGCGGUUUAUUACCCCAUCGGGUUUGAGGAUCAGUUUAGUAGAAUCAAGACCUCGUGAAUCUAACCAACCGAUCCUGGUCUAGUUUAUAAAAAAAAGUGACAUUUCUGUAGUGAAGAGC